UGUUGAUUGCGAACGCCAUCAGGAAUAGAUACCGACAGGGUAUACCUGCCGCCAAUCGAACCCAUGCUCCCAGCCAUGCCUCGUGCGCCUUGUCACACCGAUAUAUUAAUAUACAGACCGACGGCCGGUUGAAAUUCGGGCGGCUAGGGUGAAAUGGUGCUUUUGGAGGGGGAGGGGGGCAACGGCACUGAAUCCGGAUGGUGGGUAGAACCUGUCAUGGCAACACACGGGCGCCCAGCUGAGGCCUCGGCUUUUACGCAACACCACGACGACCGUGCUGGAUCCAUUGGGGACCGGGUUAUCACGCAGGCUGCUAUAGGUCGGAUGGAGCAGUCUGCUGGGCCUGUCGCCAGUCAUGCUGAUAGUUGGUCGCUCGCCGAUCCCGCGUGUUCUUCCAACGUGUGCGUGUGCAAUACACAUUCCAAUGCUCCCCGGAUUUCAGCGGCAAAGCAUGUACAUGGCAGGCAUCUGAUCACGUAAUCCUGGUUGCUCUCUGAUGAUCAUGGUCACUUGGGAAGUGAUUUGCAGGCUUCUUCGUCUGCAAUGUCGAUCUAUCACAACACGGACCAUCCAGAUAGACAGGUAGG